UCUGUGUUAGAUCAGUUUCGUUUGUUCGAUCGUGAGGCGUCUGCUGUAAGUGUAAAUAACACUUUAAAGAUGGGCGCAUCUAAUGGCAAACCUCUGAAAUGUCCUCUGUGUUAUGAGGAGUGUCGGGAGCAGGUGACGCUGGCCUGCUCUCACAGCUUCUGUCGGGUUUGUAUCAGAGAGUUGUGGAGCGGAUCUCAGACCGGACCAUAUUACUGCCCCGAGUGUAGAUACGAGUACCAGCAUCUGCCGGACUAUACUGACGGAGCGUCAACAUCUGCAGCCACACCAAACACACAUUGGCCAUUUGGAAAGAAGCUGCACGGCCGGCACUCGAAGAAAUGGCACGGGAAGAGGAAGUUCAGUUCAGCAUUCCACGCUGGUGGACACAGACUGGGCUCAGCCCCAUCUAAUAACCCCAUCAGUGACUAUGAUGUAAUCAAAAUCAUUGACUCUGAUGAAGACACAUCGAUACCACGGAAAAGAAAGGCCGCAGCAGACGAAUGCUCUUCUGGAAGCCAGUCUCCAUCAGUGGUUUGGGGGACCACCUCUACGAAUGACACAUCCUCACAACGCACACCUCCAGACACAGAGAUCACGUCUCCUCGUGUAGAAUCAUCUCCCAAGAGGAACACAAGUUCCCCUCAGCAAGACCAGCAUCCUGUGGCUUCCUGCAGUGACACCGGCUCACCCAGGACGAGCAACACACCUCAGGGAGAGAAAACCCCCUCACCAGCAGUCAAUGCCACCUCUCAUACACCUGGAAGGCAGGAAACAGAUUUUAACAGUGGAGAGCCCCUCAGUAUCUCAGCAGCAGCAUCAUCCUCAGAGAGACUUUGCAGGAGCAGUUCUGUGCCUUGCCAUUACUGUCCCAGUUCAGAACAGAAGGUGGCGGUAAAGACCUGCCUGGUUUGUGGGGCCUCCAUGUGCUCCGAGCACCUGCGGGCACACCUGGAAAAGCCGGUUUUCCAGAACCACCCGCUGGUGAACGCUGUGGAGGAUGUGUCUCUGUGGAGAUGCCAGGAGCACCAGGAGAUGAACCGGAUCUACUGUCGAUCAUGUGCAGUGUGUGUUUGCACUGUGUGUUCCCUGGUCGGCCUGCACAAGGGGCACGAGUGCAUCAGCAUCCGCGAGGCAGAGCAAGAGCUCAGGGGUUCACUGAAGGAUGAGAUGCAAAAAAUACAAAAAACUGAAAAGUCCAUUCAAGAGAAACUCUCUGAGCUCAGUGAGAAAAAACGUGGUGUCCAGGAGGGACUGGAGGACAUGCGGGCGGCCGUAUUGCAGCAGUAUCAGGCCAUGCGGGUGGCUCUGGAGCAAGAGGAGGAGCAGGCUUUACUCUGUGUGACCCAGGAAGAGGACAGAGUGCUGGGAAGCAUUGAAAAGCAGCUGGACACAUUACAGGGUGCCUUGAUAUCUAGCCAGAGUAUAUUAAACACCCUGCAGGGAAUGACCAAUGCUGAAGGGGCGUCACAGUACCAAGACCAGACCUUCAUCAUGGAAUACAGCAAGAUGGCAGGACAACUGACUGAAUUGUCUGAUCCUGUACAAAAUCUUGAGACUCACGAUGAGAUAAACCAUAACCGGCUGGACUGUCUUAAUGAUUGGACCGAGAGGAGACUGGAGACUGUGCUCAUAUCACUGCCUCAUCGAGACCCUUUCAGACUGCUGUAUGGGAUAAGCCCAACUCUAGAUCCUGAUACUGUCCAUCCCAAGCUGCUGCUGUCAGAUGAGAACAGGACGGUGCAGUACAGUGAGACCCAGCAGGACUACCCCGAGCAGGAGUCACGCUUCAACAUUUUCCCUCAGGUGCUGGGCUCUCGUGCCAUAGACAGAGGCUGCUGCUACUGGGAAGUGGAGGUCUCUCUGGAUGAGGGCCGCUGGAAAGUGGGGGUCUGUGAUGGACAGAUAGGCAGAAAGGGGCAAAAGGACAUCUGCCGUAUUGGUUUCUACCCUAAUUCUUGGUGUUUAAUUUACGAGAAGGGAAAGGUAGAAGCCCUGCACGAUAAGGUAGCUUCACCUGUGUGUUCUGCUGAACUCUGGAAGGUCGGGGUGCUGCUGAAUUUUAGUGAGGGUCGCUUGUCUUUUUAUAGCGUGGCCAGGGAGGGUUCUCUUUCUUUGCUCUACAGUUUUGAGCAUGCGUUCACUGAGCCACUGUAUCCAGCACUGGCGGUUUCUAAAACUCAGCUCAGCAUCUGUGAUAUAUUUACCAAGACCUCUACAGACUAGACUAUGUUUGUGGUUUUAUGAAAGUUUUAUUAUAACAUUAAAGGAAUACUUCACAUAAUUUUUUUUUAUUUACU